AUGGGUAGAAAGAAGAUUGAGAUUAGACCUUUGACAGAUGAACGGAAUAGGAAUGUGACUUUUCUCAAGCGAAAAGCAGGAUUGAUGAAGAAGGCAUGGGAAUUAUCGGUCUUGUGCGGUGCAGAUGUCAACAUACUCAUUUUCAAUGCUGCUGGUAAAGCCUAUGAGUUCUCGAGUAAAGAGUUGGACGAGGAGAUCGAUAGAUAUAUGGAUUACGAAGGGAUGAUUGAACGUCGUCGUGCGCCCGAAUUCGCAGCUAUGGCUUUAGCAGGUGAAGAUGACGAAGACGAGGAUGAAGAUGAGGCACCAAGGAGAGGGUCAACUUCAAAGUCUACCGCCAAUAACACGGCAGGUGCGAACGGAGCAGUACCAAGGAGUUUGAAAGGUAAAGAAUCAUUCAAAGCUCGUACACCCCGGUAUUCAGAUAAAGGUAAAUCGUCCUCGUCAAGGUCUAGUAAACAUAACAAGAGUAAGAGGAGGAAGGAAAGGAGUGAAAGUGAGAAAAGAAGUUUUAUCGAUUCGAUCUUGAGUCAAAGUGAGAGUGAUUCGCAAGAUGAUGAUGAUGAUCAGGAUGAGAGGGAGAGUGGGGAUACGAGGAGAAAGAGGAAGGAGAAGGAGAAGGAAAGAAGUAGGGAUAGACGUGAGAGACAGAGAACAGGUGGAUAUGUAAGGGAUGAAAGGUAUAUUCAGUCUGACAAAAACGCCGCUGCUCUUCAAUAUGCCAUGAGCAUGCAUUCGGCACAUCCCCAUGGACAUGGGCACGGACACUCACAUGGCCAACACGAUUCUCGAUUCUAUCAACAACAUAGGUAUCAUGAUGAGCCUGGCUCAAAUGCUCAACUACCAGUUGAUAUACCUCAAUUACCCAAAUUGCCCUCGGACGGUACUUCGUAUAGGACAUCAAUGACUUCUGGAUUAGGCAGUGGUAGUGGUGGACAAUCAAGUUCGAUCUUUUAUGGUCAUUCUCAACCUUCCAAUUCAACUCAAUAUAUCUCCAAUUCCCUCUCUCAUCAAUACUUACCUUCUUCCAUCGAACCCUCCGUACCCUCCCAAGGACAGUACAGCAACAAGUCCACGUCGUCGCAAGGUAUGGUUAGUGUACCUGGACCAGGCGGGAUCCAAUGGAACGAAAAUCUAUUAGCGAAAUAUGCCGAAUUUCAAUUACAGCAGAAUCAUCAGAAACAACAGAGAUUGUUAUUGGAGAGACAGAGAUUCCAAUUACAGCAAAUGGGCGUACCGGUCGAUGAAAGGAGUUUGUUAGAUGAGAUCUUCGGUGGGAAUUUAUCUCAAGCGCAGGCUCAAGGACAAGGGGAAUCACAAGCUUAUGGAUCUACUGCCGCUGGAGGAGGAAUGAUUUUACCUAUAGAGGAGUCUACUCCGACAGGUACAGGUAUAGGUACAGGUGGUUCAGCAGAUUUCGUUUGGCCUUUAGCGAAUAAUCGAUCGACAACUACGAAUCAUCCUGAAGAUCAAUUUAUGCCGCAUGAUCAAAGUGGCAGUGCUAGUAGAAAUUCCAUACCGAUACCUGAUGAGAGUGUUCAAUGGGGUGUCCAAGAUGGAUACACGGUAGAUAGAGAAGAUUUGAAUUUACCUAGUCCAGUAUCGAAUGGCCCAGGACCCGGACCUGGAGCAGAGGGAAAGAGAAAGGCGAUGAUGUUUAGGGAUAAUGAGGAGGUCAAACGAAUGAGGAUAUAG